AUGUAUGGUGACGGUCAUACCUGCUGCAGAACCAGGCUACUCGAAGAAAACAGUGAAGAGAUUGAUAAAGUGUCUUACAACAACAACUCUGUAACACCAAUGAUGGUCUCCCUUGAUCAGAGUAGGAAUUCUCACAACAACAACACGGUUACGCCAAUGGUGGACUCCCUUGAUCAAAGUAAAAUGCCUCACAACAACAACAUUGUUACACCAAUGAUGGACUCCCUUGAUCAGAGUAAAAUGCCUCACAACAACAACAUUGUUACACCAAUGGUGGACUCCCUUGAUCAGAGUAAAAUGCCUCACAACAACAACAUUGUUACACCAAUGGUGGACUCCCUUGAUCAGAGUAAAAUGCCUUACAACAACAACAUUGUUACACCAAUAGUGGACUCCCUUGAUCAGAGUAAAAUGCCUCACAACAACAACAUUGUUCCACCAAUGGUGGACUCCCUUGAUCAGAGUAAAAUGCCUCACAACAACAACAUUGUUACACCAAUGAUUGACUCCCUUGAUCAAAAUAAAAUGCCUCACAACAACAACCAUGUUACACCAAUGACGGUCUCCCUUCAUCAGAGUGAAAUGCCUCACAACAACAACACUGUUACACCAAGGAUGGUCUCCCUUCAUCAGAGUAAAAUGUCUCACAACAACAACACUGUUACACCAAGAAUGGUCUCCCUUCAUCAGAGUAAAAUAGUAAAAUACCUAACAACAACAAUGGACUCCCUUGAUCAGAGUAAAAUGCCUCACAACAACAACACUGUUUCCCUAAUGGUGGACUCCCUUGAUCAGAGUAAAAUGCCUCACAACAACAACACUGUUACACCAAUGAUGGUCUCCCUUGAUCAGAGUAAAAUGUCUUAUAACAACAACACGGUUACACCCAUGAUGGUCGCCCUUGAUCAUAUUACAGGUCAGUCAAUGGAAGAACCCGACAGAUUUCAUGUUGAAGGAAAUAAUAGUUAUGCAAAGUUAGAGGAUCAGAUGGGAAUACAUUGUGGAGAUAUAUCUUACAAAGGGAUAAGAACAUGUAAUGCUUUAAAGACAAACUCAAAUAUACAAAUCGGACUUGUUGAAGAUAAAUCUUACAAAUUUGAUGUCUGUGGUAAGGGUUUCGGUGACAACAAUGCUUAUCAUAUACAUAGGAAAUCACAUACGGGUAUUAAACAAUAUACAUGUGAUGUAUGUGGUAAAGGUUUUAGCCACAACCAUUCUUACAAAAGACACAAUAGAAUACAUACAGGAGAAAAACCAUAUAAAUGUGAGGUUUGUGGUAAAGAAUUUAGUAGCAACGAUACUUGUCUCAAACACAUAAGAACACAUACUGGUGAUAAACCUUAUGAAUGUGAUGUAUGUGGUAAAGCGUUUACUGACAGCAGUGCCUAUAAAAAAACACGCAAGAACUCAUACUGGUGAUAAACCUCAUAAAUGUGAGGUUUGUGGUCAAGAAUUUAGUGACAACAAUACUUGUAUUAAACACAUGAGAACACAU